AUGCCUGUGCUGCAUGCCACGCACGAAACCAAAAAAGAGCAGGCGCAGCUGCUUGAUCAGCUCACGCGCCUCUCUCGCACGCACCCUGAUAUGACAGCCACAGCGCUCGUGCAAUGGUACCUUGAGCGCGUGAAAGAGAGCCGCUCGCGACUGGCGAGCGGUAGUGCGGAUAGUCCUGCGGCGGUGGCGAUGCUCAUGCGGUACGCCACGCGGCGCCGCGAUAUUGAUACCCUGCGUCGGCUGCGUGCGCCUGCACGGCACUGGACGCGGCAGUGUGGCAAUUCGCGCCAUCUGCAGAAACCGAGUCUUUCGACCAAGCUGCACAGCACGCUGUUUGGUCUCGCAGCACAGCAUGAUCAUUGGCCGGUGAUGUACAGGCUGGUCCAGGACAAGUCGCCACGAGACCGAUGGACGCCGUUCAUGUGCCUCGCACUGCUACGGGCCAAAAGCACGACGGACAUGAUCCAGGCACGCGAUCCGACAGGGCCGGAUGCCGAGGCCAAACGGGCGCUAUGGGGCCUCUUUCUUCAUGAGUUUGGGCACUACUUGGCCAUGGUCCGCCAUAACAGCACGACAACGGCGCCGCCGUGGAUUCUUAUGGCUCUGAUGGAGCUGUAUGCGCGCUGCGGCAACGAUGCGCACGUCUGGCAGCUGCUGCACAUGUACGUGGCCAGCAUAAGGCGGCCUGAGAUGCGCCAGGAGGGCCCGUUGGUGCUGCGCAAUGCGCCGUGCCGUUUACUGCCUCAACCGACCAGCUACAUACCCGGCCCCCGCCUACUCCAUGCGGUCAUGCGUGCGUACGCGCGGCGUGGCGAUACGGCUGCGACGCUCUCGGCGUUUGCGAGACUCACGAGCACAUCUGUGCCAGAUACCUUUACGACGUGUGAGAUCCCGUGGCACGCGACCGACGUCGUGUUGGAGCCUAGCAACACCUCCAUCAUUUUGGCUAUGGACGCCAUGCUCCAGCAGCGCGGUGUUGUCGCGAGCACUGUCCCGCAGCUCUUGCACUUUCUCAAGCAGGUCGAUCGCUCGUGGGGCUCGUGGCGCGCACGCCACGAGCCUGCCGCGCGCCCCAUGUUUAUCAACCUGCGCACGAUGCGGCACGUCUUGACGUGGUGCCUGCAUGCGAACGCCCACGACGAAGUGCGCCAUGUCCUGCGUUUUCAGCAGGGGCUGCUGCGCCGCGAGCUUCGUUGGCACACGAGUCCGCACGCCCGCCCCGUCUGGCUGCAGGACCCGAACGAAUGGGCCUCGCUCCGCCGGUGGAGGCAUACGCUGCAGCAGCUUGUCCAGCGCCGUUGGAUCAGCGAGCGGCAGGAGCGUGCGCUGUACGUCAAGGCGCUGCAUGUCGUGCGGCACCGCGUGAUGGGGACGGCGCGCAAGAUGGCGCACACGUUACACCGACACAUCAUACCCUCGUCCGGCACGUCGUAG